CUGUUUGGAAUCCGGCAGCCGAGUUGAGCCCGGUGUGUUGAACGCGAAGGCGGAGAUCCUUCGUUUUGCUACAAAGGAAAAAAAAGAAGAACAUCAUGGGCUGUUUCGGCAGUAAGCAAAAGAUCUCCAAAGUGGACUUGGAGUAUCUGAAGAAGCACACUCGCUACGACGAGGCUACCAUCAAAGAAUGGUUCAAAGGUUUCCGGCAAGACUGCCCGAGUGGGCGCCUGACGCCGGCCAAAUUCGUUGACAUGUACAAAAUGUUUUUCCCUAAUGGGAAUGCUGAAGAGUUCUGCGACCACGUCUUCCGAACGUUCGAUCGGGACAAGAACGGAUUCAUCGAUUUCAAGGAAUUUUUGUGUGCGAUCGACGUGACGUCGGCCGGAACUCCUAACGAAAAGCUCCAAUGGGCGUUUCGCAUGUACGACGUUGACGGCAACGGCUCCAUCGAUUUGCAGGAGAUGACCAAGAUUGUGCAAGCCAUCUACGACAUGCUUGGCAAUAGCUCCAGCAGCCGGCCGCCUGACACGGCAGAAGAACGCGCCAAGAGCAUCUUUGCCCGCAUGGACGAAAACGGCGACGGAAAAUUGACGGAAGAAGAAUUCCUCAAGGGUUGCCUACAGGACGAAGAACUUUCCAAAAUGCUCUCGCCUGGAUUCUAAACGCAUUCCCACCAUUUUUUGUACCAAUUGAUAACCCCCUCUUUCUCGUCUCCCAAUUAGCAAACGCAUCACAGUCAAAAGGUGGAUAGUGACCUGAAUCAUUUCGUGACAUUAUUCUGUAUUUAAAACAAACCACAACAUUGGAAUCCCCUUAGAAACCACCAUUUUCGGCUUCGCCAAAUGAAUGAAACUAACGAUACAUCGGUAGUUUCAAAAAAUUUUUGUUCGGAUCGCGAACGAAACUCCUUCGAUUGCGCUUGUCGCUUGGACUUUCCCGAUGACAUGCAUCGCUUUUGCUGCUCGUUUUCCGCUCUGCUGGCUUGCGGCCAAUUGCUAUCUAGCCAACUGCAUAACAAGAUGUGGUCAUAUUCACUUCGUCACACAGCUGGAAAAGAACAGCAUUUUUAUUACGUGGUAGAGAAGGGGGGAAAGGGCAACUACCCGAUACGCAAAGGGUAAAAUUUGAACCGAAUUUUUACGGAUUCCUUUUCGAAGAUUAUGUCGGCCGAGUUCUUCUUUUUAACAAUCAAUGCACCGUUAGCUUUCUUCUAUUUCUCAACAUCUUUCUUUCUUAAAGGAAAUUUUCUAAAAAUGCCUCGAUUCGUACUCCUGUCGAUGAUUAAGGCCGAUGGGACAUUGUUUCGAUCGCCGAAUUUUAGUUUCCCUUAGUAGGCCCUACGGUGCUUGUAUUUUGAAUUUCGAAUUUGGCGAACCAAAACCGAUGAUUGUGACCUCCUCAUCCAACGUUUACGAGUAAUGUACAUAAUGCCACAUAACAAUCGCCUAUCUUUCUUCUACGUAUUCUCUGGCGAAUUCGCACAUAUCGUAGAAUUCUAGUCGACUUGUCUAAUCCUAGGCGUGAUUGCGUUCUUUUUCUUUUUUCUCUUUUCUCUUAGCAAUCUAUUCAAAUUUGGAGGUGUGUGUUAAUUACCAUGUAGGCUACCUUACCCAAGAGGUACUACUAGUGAACAGCAACCACAUCCAGAUUCCUAGACUCAUUUUUUCCAUAAUUUUUUCGUUUUCUUCCCCUCGUUUUGAAUUUGGACGUCUUAAUAAUUUUGCAUUCAUUUUUUCCCCCUACGUUUUCUUGACAUCGGAAUCCAUUUUCCCCACAUUUAAGAAUUCAGUUGAUAUCUCUGGAAAAGUAUGCCAUAGAAACGUAUUGUUUUGCAAUGCGCAGUAAUCUAAUAGGCUGACAGUCAUGCGAGAAGAGCGUUCUUUUCUCUGGGUCAUACUGUCUGUCUGGAUGUGCCAUUUAUCGAUCGUAACCUUUAUAAAUGAUUGUUAAAUUCAUCCUAGACGACAUUGACAGCGACUCAGUUACCGCUUUCGCAAAAGUCAUUGUAGCUGUCCCGAAGGAAAGAAAAUCCCAAAGAUUGAUUGUUCCGCUGGUACGUUGCGAAUUUUGCUUCAAUUUGCCAAUUUUCGUACAAAUCGCAGAACGGAUUUAAUCGUGGUCACUUAAUUCAUUAUUUUUCCUUUCUCUUUUUUGCCCAUUUCCGACUAGCUGUCAUUUAGCAACCCUUUUCCGGAGAGGUUUUGUGCGUUCCGAUUAGCCGUUCUAAUUGAGGACUUUUUUGGGGUAUGACUUCUUGUGCGAUCUAAGCAUCUUUUUUUUUUUUUUUCUUCUCGACUUGACUUUCUUCAUUUUUUCUAUUGUACUUCAGUGGUAUCUGCCGGUAUUGGCAAUCCCUUAUUCAUUUCCUUCUAAACAAUAACAAUAACCCCCAUUUCCUCAGCGACACUCGUCAGUUCCUUUUCUUUUUCUAUUCCUCGUCAUUUCCUUUCUUUGAUUUUUGGUUCAUUUUCGUAUCGCGAUUUCCCGUCCGUUUUGGUACAUGGUUCUCUUUUCUCUUUGAGUUUUUCAUUUCAAUUUAGUUUUCUGUGACUUGUUUCCGCUUUAUUUCAACUACACAAUUCAUUCUUCAUUAUCAGCUUACCUCUAAGCAAGUUCAUUUGUAUGCUAACACAUUGGAAGCUGCGCGUGAGUGUUGGAAUAAAAAAACUUAUUGUCGUUCUUCCUUUUUACAUGCAAAACAUCCAGCCCCCCCUUUUUGAAUCUUUCAUUCCAUUUCCAUUUGUGUCCCGGUGACCCCACAACUGUACGUGUGAAUACAUUUUCUGAUCCAACAAA